UAGGCGGUGGAGUUUGGUUUGGUGGACUCCCGACUCCGACGUGGAACUUGCUUGCGGGAACCCUUAUUAAUGGGGUGAAAAUGGGCUACUCCUUUGCUUGCUGUGAGUGUUCUCGUCGACUUGACUGGGUUAUGGCUGAAGCCGACUGCGUGGUAGUCUUGUGCUCGGAGAUUUGCUCCAUGCGUGGUCUGGUAUUCGAGGUCUGGUAUUCGACGAUUGAGUGCGUUCCAUAGGCGAGACCCCGAGUUCGACAUCACAAUGAGCCACAGCUCCAGGGCGCAUUUUGGGUAGAAGACGAACGGAAUAUUCCAACACCAAGAUAUGAGCCUAUGCUGGGCGUUGGAGGUACGAGCUAGGACAAAGCUGAGUGAGCUCGAUGUAACUCUUCGGCGCUGCUGUUGCUUUGGCUGGUUGGUCGAUCUUCUGCUCGAUACGCUCGAGGCGUCGUGUGAUCUCUUCGAGUUCUGGGCUCGAGGGAGCUGCUGUCGGCUAAUGAAGCUGCCAAGCCCUACCUUGUGCGGAGAUUUUAACGCAGACACCGUCGCUCUCUUGGACACAUUCAUCGACAUGGCCGAGCUACCCCUCCCUUACUUCGCGCCUCCCAAAGACCUACCUCGUUGUCUUCCAAACACUGCAGAAAUAGAGCUCUCUGAGGUUAUCUCUAAGUCAAGCGGCCGCAAAGUGGUCCGGGUUGAUUCUCACUAUGUGGUCAAGUUUGGACCCGCCGUCGAUCUACUUGAGGGCCGUAAUAUACUCUUCGUCCGCCAGCACACGAGUAUUGCGAUUCCUCGAGUCUAUGCGAUAUAUUCUGUGCCAAACGCGGACUCGAAAGCCAUAAACUACAUUGUCAUGGAGAAUGUGGCCGGAGAUACUCUUGCCUCUUGGUGGCCAGCUCUAUGCAUGUCGCAAAAGGAAGUCAUCUCUGCGAAGCUCAACGUUUUUUGCAGUCAGCUGCGUAGCUUGCCAUCUCCAGGCUAUUUCGGAAGCCUUGAAAGACGGCCCCUCCUAGACCCUAUACUCUGGACGGAUGACUCGACUUGCUCUGGACCAUUCGAAUCGGAAGCUGCCCUUAACGAAGCAAUGGUACGGAAAUACAUCUACAACGGCCUUCCGACCCACAAGGGGACCUUCUACCGCACGGCUUUUCCUGCUGUGUUUUCUGGUCACCCGCCUGUCUUCACACAUGGUGAUCUGCAAAGGAAGAAUAUUUUGAUUAAAAAGACUAUUGGUUCCGGUUCCGGUUCUGUCGAUGACUUUACUGUAGUCAUCGUAGAUUGGGAAUUUUCUGGAUGGUAUCCAAGCUAUUGGGAAUUUGCAACCGCCAUGUCCGCUGUGGGUCGGUGGGAUGAUGAUUGGCACGAGUGGGUGAGAGAAAUAUUAUCAGACUGGUACCUCAACGAAUACGCGUGGAUACAGAUGUUACGUCAAGAGCUUUGGUCUUAAGAGAUUCUAAGGAGGGUGGAGUUUUAAUGCAAUUAUGGCAACAUUUCAGACUUUAGCGGACUAGCUGUGAGUGGGAAGCUUACCGGCAGUAUGAUGUAUAUAAUGAUAAUUGUGAUA